AUCAGCACGGCUUCUCUUGGGGGUCAAACCCAGCUCCUGGGCUCCUUGGCAGCCACCCCCGUGAUCACAAACACCAUCUCCAGCGUGCAGGGCAUCACGGGCCAGAUCCUGACCAACGCCCAGGGCCAGGUGAUCGGGACGCUGCCGUGGGUGGUGAAUCCCCCUGGGAUGGCAGCAGCCGGCCCUGUCCAGCCCAUCCAGCCAGCUCCGGCGCUCUCCCAGCCAGCCGUGGUGGUGGCAAACCCUGCACCAGUAGCCAAGGCUUCUGCCACCCCCGUCCCCAUCACCUGCUCGGAGACCCCCACCGUCAGCCAACUGGUUUCCAAGCCCCCGGCCCCCAGCAGCGGCUCCGAGGAGGAGAGAAUCAACCUGGAGGAGAUCCGGGAAUUCGCCAAGAACUUCAAGAUCCGCCGCUUGUCCCUGGGGCUGACGCAGACCCAGGUGGGCCAGGCCCUGACGGCCACUGAGGGCCCGGCCUACAGCCAGUCGGCCAUCUGCAGGUUUGAGAAGUUGGACAUCACCCCUAAAAGCGCCCAAAAACUGAAACCAGUGUUGGAGAAAUGGUUGAGCGAAGCCGAACUCCGUAACCAAGAAGGGCAACAAAAUCUGAUGGAAUUUGUUGGGGGGGAACCCUCAAAAAAAAGGAAACGCCGGACGUCCUUCACCCCACAAGCCAUCGAGGCUCUCAACGCCUACUUUGAGAAGAACGCUUUGCCCACCGGCCAGGAGAUCACCGAGAUCGCCAAGGAGCUCAAAUACGACAGAGAAGUCGACCGCGUCUGGUUCUGCAAAAGCCGGCAAACCCUCAAAAACACCAGUAAACUCAACGUCUUUCAGAUCCCCUAA